AUGCGCGCGACCGAGUCUGGUGUAAUAAUAAAUUGCGAAGUAAAGCCUAAAUCAAAAGUAUUUUCACUUUCCUGGGCGGGCGACAUUCUCAGCAUUUCGCUGACCUCAAUCCCGAUAGAAAACAGGGCGAACCGAGAAGUGAUUGAAACUGUCCAUAAGAUACUGCGGAGGCCCAAAAAUCAAGUGUCGAUUCUGGGAGGGGGCAAGUCCAGAAGCAAGUCUGUUCUUGUGGACGGAAUCACCGAAGAAGAGGCGCGGAGCCUUCUUUCGCAAAUAAACGAGUGA